AUGAAAGUUUUCUUCUUAUUCUUGGUUCUUCUCGUCAUUUUCUCCACUUUCACGGAAGCUGGGCAUCGAACGAUGCGCGGUGGUCGGAAGAGAGGACCGAAUCGACGAACUCAACGAAGUACCAGCCUUCCAUCUUCCGAGGAAGCAGCCCCAAUUCAGUCAAAGCAUUUGGCUAGUGCUUCAGCUCCCGUCUCUUCGGCGAGCCACUCAGCUGAAUCAAAAAGUGCUGAAAGUCCUGCUUCCGAA